AUGCAUCCACAAAGUUUUUUGUUUUCCAGUGUUACUCAAGUGAGACACCGUCGUUACGAUCCUAGAUUCCGAGAACCAUCCCUAGAUACAGCAGAAUUAGCGGAACCGCUAUCAGACGACGAUGAGAGGAAAUAUAACCCAAUUAAAGCAGCUAAGAAUUAUGAAACAACUUCAGUAUUUUAUGAUCCUCUACUAGAAAAGCUUAUCAACAUGUUAAUGUAUAAUGGAAAUAAAGCAGCCGCUCGAGAAAUUGUUGAGGGGAUGUUAGAAGAGAUUAAAAUGAUUCAAGUUAAGAAAUAUAACCAUGCUGGUAGUAAACAGGAACAGGAGGCCAUUGAAUGUAAUCCUUAUCUGAUCUUCCAACAAGCUUUAGAGAAUCUAAAACCUGCCCUAAUGAUUAUUCCUGUUAGAAAGGGUGGCACAGUUUAUCAAGUACCAAUGAGUUGUCCACCAAAACGUCAACAGUUUAAAGUGUUUAAAUGGUUAGUGGAUUUAAAUCGAGACCGAGAGAGAAAAAUUCGAAUGUCUAAGAAAUUAGCUAUGGAUGUAGUAGAUGCUUUUCAUCAUGAGGGAAAGUGUAUGAAGAAGAAAAUAGAAUUAUUAAAACUAUGUGAAGCCAAUAGAGCCUUCGCUCAUUAUCGAUGGUAG